AUGGCAAAGGAAUAUGUCGAUUUUGAUGGUCCGGACGACUCCUUGAACCCUCUCAACUGGACCAUUUCCAAACGGGUAUACAUAGCAGUAUUACUGGCCCUCACCACCAUGGUUGUGGCAAUGGCAAGCAGCAUCUUCACCGUAGCCAUACCGAACAUAAUGGAGAUUUACAACAUCACCCGCGAGGUUGCAACUUUAGGUGUAUCGCUUUACGUCUUUGGUUUUGCAUCAGGGCCACUGUGCUGGGCACCAUUUUCAGAAUUGAAAGGACGAUAUUACCCUCUCGUGAUUUCGACCUUUGGUUUCAUGGUCUUCUCUUUUGCAACUGCAGCUUCAAAAGAUCUCCAGUCACUCUUCAUCCUAAGAUACUUCACUGGGUUUUUCGGUUCAGGCCCUUUAACGUUAGCAGGGGCUGUAUAUGGUGAUAUCUUCACCCGAAAGGCUCGUGGUAUGUCUAUGGUUGCCUUUUGCCUCAUGGUCUUCACUGGACCUCUCACUGCACCUUUUAUUGGUGGAUUCAUCAUGAUGAAUAGCGAUCUCGGAUGGCGCUGGACAGCGUAUAUUCCAGCAAUACUCGGCGUUGCAUGUUUCAUUCUCUUACUUGUUACCCUCGACGAAUCUUAUCCCCCAGUCAUACUGGCUCAGAAAGCAGACAAACUGCGGCGCGACACCGGCGAUUGGUCUCUUCGAGCGAAACACGACGAACUAAAGCUUGAUCUACGAACGAUUGGGACGGACUUUGUGAGCCGACCGCUAAAGAUGCUACUUUUCGAUCCGAUUGUGCUGUGUAUGAGUGUUUUCGCCGCAUUUGUUUACGGUCUGCUGUAUCUUUUCCUGACUGCCUAUCCGAUCGUCUUCCAGAAGAUCCAUGGUAUGAACCGGGGCGUUGGAGGGUUGCCCUUUAUCGGGAUAAUCGUCGGUGAGGCUUUUGGGGCUAUCGGGGUUUUUGCCAUCCAGCCGUGGAUACAACGCAAAGCGAAAAUAAACGGCGGUGAAGUGAUGCCGGAAUGGCUGUUGGUAAUAGCCAUACCAGGAGCCAUGUCAUUUUCGGCCGGGUUGUUCUGGUUGGGUUGGACUGGUUAUAAGGAACAUACCCCUUGGAUUGUUCCCACACUCUCCGGGCUUCUGACUGGGUUUGGAUUGUUGACCAUGUUCCUGCCGUCGAUUGCUUAUCUAGUUGAGGCACGACCAAAAACAUCGGCGUCCGCUGUUGCCGCACACACGUUCCUACGGUCGAUUGCUGGCGGUGUGUUUCCUCUUUUUGCAUUUUAUAUGUUUGAUGCUCUCGGGGUCGAAUGGGCCUGUACGGUGCUUGGAUGCGUAGCAGCCAUCCUGAUUCCUGUUCCAGUAUUGCUCUAUGUAUAUGGUGCUCGGAUCAGAUUAUCCUCUAGAUCUUUAGAGAUUGGCCAGCCGUGA